AUGAGGGAAAUCGUCCACAUCCAAGCCGGGCAAUGCGGAAAUCAGAUUGGAGCCAAGUUCUGGGAGGUGAUUUCCGAUGAACAUGGUAUUGAUCCGACUGGGGCUUACCACGGCGAUUCCGAUCUGCAGUUGGAGCGCAUCAAUGUCUACUACAAUGAGGCUUCUGGUGGCAAAUAUGUGCCGCGUGCUGUUCUUGUAGAUCUUGAGCCCGGUACCAUGGACUCCGUCCGCUCGGGACCAUUUGGCCAAAUAUUUCGCCCGGACAACUUCGUAUUUGGGCAGUCUGGCGCUGGGAAUAACUGGGCCAAAGGUCAUUACACGGAGGGUGCAGAGUUAGUGGACUCUGUCCUUGAUGUGGUACGAAAGGAAGCUGAAGGUUGUGAUUGCCUACAAGGUUUCCAGCUAACACAUUCCUUAGGUGGCGGGACUGGCUCGGGUAUGGGAACGCUGUUAAUUUCAAAGAUUAGAGAAGAGUAUCCCGAUAGAAUUAUGAACACCUUUUCGGUUGUACCUAGCCCCAAAGUAUCAGAUACGGUGGUGGAGCCGUAUAAUGCGACGCUUUCCGUACAUCAAUUAGUUGAGAAUACUGACGAAACCUAUUGCAUAGACAAUGAAGCAUUGUACGAUAUAUGCUUCCGUACUUUGAAGCUGACAACACCUGCGUAUGGAGAUUUAAACCAUUUAGUAUCGGCUACAAUGUCGGGCGUAACGACCUGUUUAAGAUUCCCUGGUCAACUGAAUGCGGACUUGAGGAAACUAGCUGUUAAUAUGGUGCCAUUCCCGAGGUUACACUUCUUUAUGCCUGGUUUUGCGCCGCUUACGUCACGUGGCAGCCAACAAUACAGAGCACUGACGGUGCCUGAACUGACACAGCAAAUGUUUGAUGCCAAAAAUAUGAUGGCUGCUUGUGAUCCGCGACACGGGCGGUAUCUCACUGUGGCCGCCGUGUUUCGCGGACGGAUGUCGAUGAAGGAAGUGGACGAACAGAUGCUUAAUAUUCAAAAUAAAAAUAGCAGCUACUUCGUCGAAUGGAUUCCGAAUAACGUCAAAACUGCUGUAUGCGAUAUUCCACCUCGAGGCCUCAAGAUGUCUGCUACGUUUAUUGGAAACACGACAGCUAUUCAAGAGCUAUUUAAGAGAAUAUCUGAGCAAUUUACGGCAAUGUUUAGACGAAAGGCUUUCCUGCACUGGUAUACCGGUGAAGGCAUGGAUGAAAUGGAGUUCACAGAGGCUGAGAGUAAUAUGAAUGAUUUGGUUUCUGAAUACCAGCAGUAUCAGGAUGCUACAGCAGACGACGAGGGCGAGUUCGAUGAAGAAGUCGAAGAAUAA